AUGUGACACAACAAGGAAGUCUGAAGUCCUGACAACUACAAGAGAAGUAGUUCUCUUUAAAGCCACUUCUCUUUGAAAUCUCCUCUUUAUUUUUAGUUUGCUGUCACCUGACAGCUUUAUGUUUUAGUGUCUAUAAGUUAACAGAACAGAGCAAAAAUGCUUUUAUCACUCCAUUUUUUCUUUUUAAUGCUGUAUUUUCGGCUCGGACAUACCUCAUUACCGCUCGUCAUCAACACAUGGCCAUUUAAGAGUGCAACGGCUGCAGCAUGGCAUGCUCUGCAGUCCGGCGGCUCCGUGUUGGACGCCGUGGAGAAGGGCUGCGCCCGCUGUGAAAUGGACCAAUGUGACGGCACUGUGGGCUUUGGCGGCAGCCCUGAUGAGACCGGAGAAACCACACUGGAUGCCAUGAUCAUGAACGGUAACUCGAUGGAAGUGGGAGCAGUGGCAGACCUGAGAAGAAUCAAAAAUGCUAUUGGAGUCGCCAGAGCCGUGAUGGAGCACACUGAACAUACGAUGCUAGUGGGAGAGUCAGCCUCUGUGUUUGCUGAAAACAUGGGCUUUGCUGCAGAAGACCUGACUACCAACGAAUCUUUGAAUGUUUUCUCACAGUGGCUGAAGGGCAACUGCCAACCUAAUUAUCGAAAGAACGUCAGUCCAGAUCCGUCAACGUCUUGUGGACCCUAUGGACCAAAGGCAGCGCAACCACAGUGUAAUGGAGAGCGGCAGGUUAAUAUACACUCCCAUGACACCAUAGGGAUGAUUGCCAUGGAUACAGAUGGUCACAUGGCUGCUGGAACGUCAACUAAUGGACUAUCACACAAGGUCCCAGGCCGCGUUGGGGACUCCCCCAUCAUCGGAGCAGGAGCCUACGCAGACAGCUCAGCUGGUGCUGCCGCUGCCACUGGAGACGGAGACAUCAUGAUGCGUUUCCUGCCCAGCUACUUGGCUGUGGAGCUGAUGAGGAACGGGGCCGAUCCCUCAGCAGCCUGCAAGUCGGCCAUCUCCAGAAUCAAGAGGCAUUACUCAGACUUCUUUGGAGCCAUAAUCUGCGCAAACACAACAGGCCAUUAUGGUGCAGCGUGUAAUAAGGUCCCCAGCCUCACAGAGUUCCACUACAUGGUGGCCGACUCCGAGUCAGACACAGCAGUCCUAAAAUCUGUGCCUUGCUUUUAAGCAAACUCAGUCAGAUUAUGUCUGGAUUACAAGGUGAAAUUUUAUUCUGAUGAUUUCAUUUAAUAAAACAAGUAUAAAAACACAAUAAUAAAAAAAAUUACAAAAUAAA